AUGGCUUAUAACAGAGCAUUACAACGAACUGCACAAACAAUCAGACAAUAUUUCGUUCAUGGCGGUCAAAGUGAAUGGAAUGCUCAACUUUCAAUGAGAUGUCAGGCUUUAUCUACUGCUCUUGCAGAAUCGACAAAGUAUUCAGAAUUUUCUUAUUUCUGUCUACUCCAUAAUUUAGACAAAUCAGAUGUUAGAGCCCCAGAAUUAUUCGCUUGCUAUCUUGCGGUUCACAAGAAGCUCUACAGAUUGAAUAGUUUGAAACCUACGUUGGAUUUCUAUUCAAAUUUGGAAGGAUGGUCCGUAAAUUAUUCUAAUCAAUUCUUUAGAAUCAAACAAGGUUUGAAUAAGUUUUAUUCACGAGCCGAUAUUGUUAAACAUAAGAGAAGUGGAAUCUCUGCUCUCAAUGUCAAGCAAUUCAUUGAUAGGAUCUCUAUUAAAGACCCUUAUCUUCACAUGUUGUCUUGUGCCAUACUUUCCGUUGGCAUUAGAUUAUUAGCAAGACCUGGUCAACUGGCUAAUUUAUCAUGGUCUUGUGUUAAACUUGAUACUCCUUUUAUCGGUUGGGUUACUUUUGAUCUUUCUGGUCACAAAACAGACCAAUUAUCUGACAUGAAGAAACUCCUAUUGAACCAUAAAGAGGAAAUAAGAAAUACUGUCCAGUUUAUAACCUUAGAAGAUAUGGAUUAUGUUAAACAUAUUAAGGAAGACGAUUCUCCAUUAUUUUCGUUACUGUUUGAUGAAUAUUUCACUCCUACUCAAAUUUCUAAUAUUAUUUCAAGCCCCAUGAGCUCUAUUGGUGUUCAAAACACUUCAGGCCAUAGCCUUCGUAUAAGUGCAGCUACUAAGCUGGCUUCUAAGGGUGUGUCUCAAUCUAUGAUUGAGACAGCUGGUAAUUGGGUGCCUAAUUCAAAAAUUAGAUUGAGAUAUCAACGUAGAAUUGGCCUAGCUACUCAUGGUUUAACUACUUCUAUUAUGAGAACUGAUUAA